AGCAUUGAGUCUGGUUUGAGUUCUUGCCGCGAGCAGUUCUGUUUUUCGUGGUACUCCAGCGUUACUUUACAGCCAUAUCACAUCCACAGGUGAUCAUCGUUUGGCGAAUAUUUAUAUAAUACGCAUCGCCUAUCAGAUUAUCGGAUCAAUUUAUGCUGCAAAGUCUGAGCAAAGCCAAAGUGCCGAAAUAAUAAUAAAUCAUAAAACAAUAUGCACAACUCCCGCACUCCGAGCGAAUUGUGAAUAAUAAUUAACAAUUAAGUGUGGUGGCCUUGACAAGUUGAUUAUUUCCAACUUCCCGGUUAAUAAAAGUGUUUUCUUACCCUCGGCAGUGCGAAUUACUAGCUUUUAUUUCGAGUGUGUGCAACAACAAUUACUGGAUAUACAAAUUAGUUUGAAAUCUCGUAAAUUGCAAUUGGGAAACUUGUUUUUGGUUAUCAGCAAACGCGCAGCGAUCAAAAGGAGAUCGAAGCAGCCGGCGGAAUGGGAAGGACACUGGAAAUAACCGGGGGCAAGAACCUGGAGACGCACCUCGAGAAGAAUUCGAAUUCGAAUAGCCGGAAGCCGGAGAAGAAUGCGGAGAAGGGAGGAUCGGGCGAUCCCGAGAACGGUGAUCCGGUGCGCAGGCGUGGCCACGAAACCAGCGAACUGGAGGCGGCCAUCCACCUGUUCAAGGGAAGCGUCGGCGCAGGACUCUUCGCCAUGGGCGAUUGCUUCAAAAACGGCGGACUCCUCGGCGCCACCAUACUCCUGCCCAUCAUCGCCGUGAUGUGCGUCCACUGCGAACGGAUGCUCAUUCGGGGUUCCAUUCUCGCCGUGGAACGGACGCCGGGCGUCGACUUCCUCGACUAUCCGGAAACCGUGGAGAAGAGUUUUGAGCACGGACCACGCCCACUGCGGAAAAUGUCGCGGUUCAUGAAGCUCGUCGUCGAGAUGUUCCUCUGCGUGACGCAGUUCGGAUUCUGUGCCAUCUACUUCGUUUUCAUCACGGACAACCUUCAUCAGGUCCUGCAGCAGAAUGGCAUUGAUAUUAGCGAGAGCAUGACGAUGCUGAUCACCCUGCUGCCGGCGAUGAUUCCCUCGCUCAUGACCAACCUGAAGUACAUCUCGCCGGUGUCCCUGCUCGCCAAUGUGGCUCUACUUUUCGGCCUGAUCGCCACUUUGACCAUCGCCUUCUCGGACGGACCGAUGCCAUCCAUCGGGGAGAGGCACCUCUUCACGGGCGGCUCCCAAUUGGCCCUCUUCUUCGGCACCGCUCUGUUCUCCUACGAGGGCAUCGCCCUCAUCCUUCCGCUGAGGAACUCCAUGCGCCGCCCGGAGAACUUUAGCACCCGGUUCGGAGUGCUCAACUCCACCAUGUUCCUCACCACCUGCCUGUUCAUCUUCACCGGCGUCGUUGGCUACAUGCGGUGGGGCGAGGAAGUCGCCGGGAGCAUAACACUCAAUCUGGUGGUCGAAGAAGUAUUUUCGCAGGUGGUGAAAGUGAUUGCAGCCGUGGGAGUUUUUCUAGGCUAUCCCAUCCAGUUUUUUGUGAUGAUAAAGAUCCUCUGGCCGCCACUGAAGCGCUCCAACGACUGCGCCCAAAAGUAUCCUAUAACCAUGCAGGUGUGCCUGCGUUUUAUCAUGGUGAUGAUGACAUUUGGCGUUGCGCUGGUCGUUCCCAAGCUGAAUCUGUUCAUCUCGCUGAUCGGCGCACUGUGCUCCACCUGUUUGGCCUUCGUGAUUCCGGUGCUGAUUGAUUUUGUGACGAGGGCGCAGGUGCCAAAGGGCCUGGGGGCGUGGUCGUACAUCAAAAACAUCCUCAUCCUGUCGGUGGCCGUGCUGGGGAUCGUCACUGGCACCUAUCAGAGCAUCGUGGAAAUUGUUAAGGAGUUCAAAUAGACUUAUAUAUCGCCUAGCAACGUAUUUUUUUGUUUGUAAAUAAUGCUGUCAUUCCUGUUAAAACUGUAUGUGAAUGCGUGUGUUGCUCUACUGCUCUAUUGUAAGCUAUAUUAUUAUACAGUCUAUUUUUUGCGAUUUUUUUUUUUUGUUGAUAGUCUUAAGUUGUGCAUUUGUUUGUAAGUAUAAACACGAUUAUUGGCAUUCCAAAAACAAACAAUUGAUCUGCAACAAAAAACGAUUUUAAUAAAUGAUAACCAUUCUGGCUUUGAUUAUUUCUCAGCCUUCGCUUGAAAUCAGUAUGUACAAAUAAUGCAAUUUUUUAUUACCGCUUUUAUGAAUAUAGUGAGACUUACCUAACGUACUAGCCAUUAAGUUUGCCUAAAAUGUGAAUAUACGGAUUCAUAAACUACAAAUCCACUGUAUACUUUUGUCAAAAACUAUGAAAAUACAAUUACGUUAGUUUUAGUUUUAGUGUCCCUUAGAACUUAUUGUUGAUAGUUUUCGCGAAAAUGUUAUCAAAAUGCUAUUAUAAAGUGUAUUUAAAUAAAUGUUUCUGUAACGCCUAA